ACCUGACAGCUGACAGUUGUCUUGACAGCCGCAUAAACAAUAUCCCGAAUCGAAUAUGAAAGUUUAACUACAUUUAAAUAUGGAAAUAGUAAAAACUAGCCUAGAUGCCCUAUUACAACGUGCUACAAACCCGUUAAAUCAAAACGUAGAUGAAGCCGCAGUAGAGGCUUUUUGCGUUCUAGUAAAUAAAGAAAAGGACGGUUACCACAUCGGUGUUAAACUUUUAGCGGCUAGAUUACACUCAAAAGAAGAACGCGAAGUUUUACAAACGUUAAGCGUUUUAGAUACUUGCAUGCAAAGAUGUGGUAAUACAUUUCGAUCUGAAGUGGGAAAGUUUCGGUUUCUAAAUGAAAUGAUUAAAUUGGUCUCGCCGAAAUAUUUGGGGCUACAAACGCCUAUGACUGUAAGACACAAGGUUGUGAGGAUGAUUUUUUGGUGGACACAUGAUUAUCCGAAAGAAACUAAAAUUAUGGAAGCUUACGAGAUGUUAAGAAAACAAGGUUUGAUUAAAGAAGUUACUGUUAGUUUAGGAACCGAGGAACAAGCUAACAAUAAACCAAAGAAUUCUAUUUUUUGUGAUGAGGAAAAAUCGAAACUGUUACAGAAGUUAUUGCAAAGUAAAAAUCCUGAGGAUUUACAAGCUGCUAAUAGAUUAAUUAAAUGCAUGGUUAAAGAGGAUGAUAAACGAGCGGAAUUAAAAAGUAGGAAAAUAUUAGAGGUUGAGUCUGUUUACAGCAAUGUAAGGUUGUUAAAAGAAAUGUUGGAGAGUUAUAAUAAAAAUGGUGGUACACCGGAUGAUUUAGCCUUAAUUCGUGAAAUACAUCAAAAUUGUGAACGACUACAACCAAAAAUUCAUAGUUUGGCUACAGAAUGUCAACAAAAUGAUGAUAUGAUUGGUGACCCAGUAGGUGAUUUACUCAAUGCAAGUGACGAACUCUGUCAAGUAUUUGAAGAUUACAAACGUGUAAUCAUCGAUGGAAAAACUGAGUUUAAAACGAAAAAUUUACUCUUAGAAAAUGGACCGUCUUUGUUAGAUUUGGGUGUUAAUAAAACGGAUGCGGAAUUACUCUUAGAAACGAAACAAAAUUUAACAGAAAAAAUUGAUUCUAAACCAGGUUAUGAUGUGUUAUGUGAUAUAUUUUCGAAUGAAAGUUCUUCAGUGAUGUUGGGAGUUGAUGCUGAUAUUUUAAAACCAACAUCUCUUGUAGGUCAAGUUGGAAAUGAUUCUCCAAAAUUAAAUGGAAAAUUAAAAGCUUUUGAAGAACUUGACGCUUUAGGUGAGAAUUUAUUGAAACAAAAUUUGCAAUUGUCAACAAGACAAGGACAUCAAUUUCAAAAACUUCCAGAAAAAGUUCCAAUGAAUAUGUUAAGUAAACAAAACUCAACAACAAAAAUUAACACCGAAAAUAACGAGAGAAAAUCUUCAUCAAUCGAUCCCUUGGAUUUCGAUUUAACCUAUUUAUUAGAAAAACAGUCGUUAAACUCAAAUUUAAACCCUAGUAAAAAUAACGAUCAAAAUGGUGAUGAUUUAUUAGUUGAUAUUACCGAAGAAAUUGAAAAGAAAGAUGAAAAAGAAAAGAACAAAUUGGAAGUAUCUCAAAAAAAUGACGAACCUAAAGAAUCUCUUAUUAAUAAUGAAUCUAAAGUUAAAAUGGAAGUGAAAUUAACCGAUAUUUUUGUUGCUAUUGAAAGUAUAAAACCGUCUACUAUUCCACCUCUCAUAGCUCUUGAAGAAAAAAGUGGAAUCUCAGUAACUUUACAUUUUGCCAGAGAUAAACCCAGAGAAGAUGUCUCAGUUAUUGUCGUAACUAUUAUUAGUAAAAAUGAACUACCUCUCAAAAACAUUUUAUUUCGAGCCAUUGUACCUAAGGUUUGUAAAGUGAAAUUGCAACCUCCUUCAGCAACAGAUUUACCACCGUUUAAUCCAUUUUUACCUCCAUCUGCGAUUACUCAAGUUAUGUUAAUUGCGAAUCCUGAAAAUGUGAAUGUCUCCUUAAAAUUUAUCGUAAGUUAUAAUAUCGAUGAAGAAACGACGACGGAAAUGGGAGAAAUUGAAAGUUUACCUAAUGUAGAAAAAAACAGUAACAACACACAAUAAAUGAUUAUUUUAUUUACAGGGUGAAUCUGCAUAAAUAAUUUAUUUAUUUUUUUAUAAUUUUUAAUUUGAAUCAAGCAAAUGUCUUGUUCAAAUUUUAACGAGAUUUUAAACAGUUAAUUGAAAAAGAUUGAUAAUUAAUUAGUUAAUUAAUUAUGAUGUUAACAAUAGUAAUUUUGAUUAUAAUUAUUCAGAUUCACCUUGUAUAAUUAAUAAGUGAUUGAUGACAAUUUUAGUCAUUACAUUUUAUCUAAGCGAAAAUCAGUUAGUUUAUCUAGCCUCUACUUUUAUCGUAUCUUAAUAAAACAAGCCCGUUUUUCCGUUUUUGCUUGUCUAAUAAACGUUGCCUUGUCGAUGGUUACUUAGUACCACAAUUAUUACUAUACUUAUAAAAUCUAGAUUUAUGCGGAAAUAAUCUUAUUAUUUCUCUUUAUUUUACACUUUUAUUAUUUGAAUCUCUUUAACUCCAAUUGAUUUUACACAUUAUUAUUCACUUAAUUAUUUUACGCGGUUAAUUUUUGUUUUAGGUAUCUUGUUGUAAUGUUGGAUAGUUUUAUUUCUUCAAGUUGAUUUUUAUGCACCUUGUAUUAUUUUUAUGUGAUAUA